GUGACUGCGGGAGGCUUCACGUAAAAUUCAACACGCGACGAAACUCGGAUUUACGGACCUCACCUUUGCGCUCAGGUGUCAAAGUAAAGGUGUUUAAACCUCGCGUCCCCGCGUGUCUCCUCUCCGGCUUACCUGCAGUUACCGUCCUUUACUUUAGUGCAGUAUUAGAGUAGUUUUUUUCUUUCUUUUGGGGGCUGUGUCUGUGUUCAGAUGACGGCGCAGGUAGACUACCUGGUGGUGGUUUUCACCGCCACAUCUGGCGCGAGCGGAGAGCUGCUGGGGUCAGACGAGAAGGAGCUCGUGCAGUUGGUUUGGCAGCUGGUGGAUGUAAAGAACAAAAAGUUGGGCAAGCUGAAUGAGCUCCUCAUAAAGCCUGACCUCUCAGACUCGACAGAGGAAAAAGAGCAGGAGGAUUUGGUGGAGGAGAGAGAGGAAGAGGAGAAUAAACCCGGAGCAGAUGAUGUCUUCACCGCCACGAGUCUUGAGACAGCGUUAAACCUGUUUCAUCUACAGCUGACAAACGAGGUGAACAGCGCAGGCGCAGGCACGUCGGUGUGUUUGUGUACAGACGGGCAGCUCCACAUCCGCCAAGUUAUUCACCCCGAGGCCGCCAGCAAGAACAUCCUGGUCCCAGACUGUUUCUACUCUUUUGUUGACCUUCGGAAAGAAUUCAAGAAGCACUUCCCCACAUCUGACCUCAAGGCUUUGAAUGUACACAUCAUGGCAGAGUCUCUUAGUAUACCUGUUGAUUUGCCUGCCAUGUGGGAUCCCUCAGCCAUGCUGGAUCCGUCAGCCAUAUUGCCCGCAGAAGCAGCAGUACAACAGGUCCAGAUUAUGGGCAGCAUCGUCCUCGCUCUGCUUUCUGAGCCACUCAACCACACGUUUUCUACCCAGGAGAGAGUUAAUGAGAAGUUUGAGAGCGGCACUUGCAGUAAGAUGGAGAAAGUGGGUGACAACACGGUGAUCAGAGCCAGAGGUCUGCCGUGGCAGUCGUCUGAUCAGGACAUUGCUCGAUUCUUCAGAGGACUCAACAUUGCCAAAGGAGGUGCUGCCCUGUGUCUUAACGCUCAGGGGAGGAGGAACGGAGAAGCUCUUGUUCGUUUUGUCAGUGAAGAACACAGAGACCUGGCGCUGCAGAGACACAAACACCACAUGGGCAACAGAUACAUAGAGGUUUACAAAGCUACAGGAGAGGACUUCCUGAAGAUAGCAGGAGGUACCUCCAACGAAGUAGCGAUGUUCCUGUCCCGCGAAGACCAGAUCAUUGUGAGGAUGCGAGGUCUCCCCUUCACCGCUACACAUGAGCAGGUGCUCACCUUCUUCUCCCCGGGGGAGGGCCUAAAAGAGACGUGUCCGGUCAGCGGAGGGAGGGACGGCAUCCUAUUUGUUCGCUAUCCAGACGGGCGUCCCACUGGCGAUGCCUUUGUUUUAUUUGCCUGUGAGGAACACGCCCAGUGUGCCCUGAGGAAACACAAGGAAAUCCUGGGAAGAAGAUAUAUCGAGCUGUUCAAAAGUACAGCAGCAGAGGUCCAACAGGUGUUGAACCGGUACUCAUCGGCUCCUCUGAUUCCCGUGGCCCCGGCCCCCUUGGUGUCGAUGCUGCCCUCAGUUUCUCUCUUGCCCCCUCCUGGUGGUGUGAGGGACUGCCUGAGGCUGAGGGGUCUGCCGUACACAGCGAGCAUAGAGGACAUCCUCACCUUCCUGGGCGAGUUUACACACGAUAUCAGACCACAUGGCGUGCACAUGGUCCUCAACCAGCAGGGUCGUCCAUCAGGUGACUGCUUCAUCCAGAUGACCUCGGCAGAGCGUGCCAUUCAGGCCUCGCAGCGGCUCCAUAAGCACAUGAUGUCCAGCCAGCGGGGGGCCAACAGCCGAUAUGUGGAGGUGUUCCCCUGCAGCGCGGAGGAGAUGGGCCUGGUGCUGAUGGGAGGCUCCCUCUCACACACACAUACACACACACACAACCGGAACAGGAGUGGGACAGGGCUCAGCCCGCCGCCAUGUAAGUCCAGACGUUUAUCUCCACCGUCCUACUCCUUCGCCCCCGCUCCACCUAUCAUGUCUACAGAGGCUGCUGCUGCCCUUUAUCCUCCCAUCAGUCAGGUGCUGCUCGCCCCUCGCCCCCUGCCACCGGGACAUGCCUACUACCCCGCCUCAGCUCAGCUAUACAUGAACUACGCAGCCUACUACCCCAGUCCACCUGGCUCACCCAACACCGUAGGCUUCUUCCCCUCCCCCUCCUCCCUCUCCUCUCCCGGGGGGUUGGUGCGCAUGCCGGGUUUGACCUACAACAGCAACGGAGUCAAAGACCUCAUUAAUGCAGUGCAGGGAUACCAGUAUGCUCCCGAGGAUGCUCUCGUGCACGCCCACGGGGCUCUGCACGCUCACGACCCGACCGGGACUUUGCUUACGCAGCCCAAAGAAUGGAGUCCUGCGGAGUCCGUUUCCCUCCUGAGCAGCAGUCUGAUUGGUCAGUCCAGCGGAGGCGACGCUCCUCUCAUGUCCCUCCCCGCUCUCAUGACCAAGCCGGCAGGGCAGUACCUGGACCUGACCCUGCUGUAGGAUGACAAACACACAAAGGUCAUUUUGGUACAUGUCAAAGACUUGUAAUGUAUUGUUAGGUUGUUUUCUUUUUUAAAAAAUAGUCUUUUAGAUGUGUUAUUUAUAUCUUUAAGAACAGAAAUUAAUGUAUUUUAUACCAAAAUCAUUGUGGCCUUAGCCAAAAAAAUAGCAGUUUUUGUCUUAUAUUGCACAGUGUGUAUUUUAAAAGCUUUAUAGAGAUUUUUUAACAUGUUAUAUUAUAAUCACUAUGAUAUAUUUGCUAGCCAAACUAGAGAAGAAUGACCUAGCAGCAGCCGAGCUUAAUCUUUUCUGUAAGCUUUUCUGUGAAGAGUGAAAGUGUGUGAGAGUGUGUUUUAGUGUGAACGAGAUGAAAAUGAGUAUUAUGCAUGGCUGUGUCGAUACGUCUUAAUACUCAGUCUGUUUAUGCAAUACAUUUUAUGUGUUUAUAUACUUUGAUACAGUACACAGUGAUUGUAUGGAAGCUUUAGUGCAUGAAGAAGUUAGUCGUAAAACUUUUAAGAUGUUUACAUUAUGCCAAAUAUCAAUGCACUGCUAAUCAAUAAGACUACUGAUGACUAUAAUAGCAGUGUCUUUGAAUGAUACCAUACUGAACAUGUUACACUGUGAGUUUGUCGAAUCCUUGCAGCAAGCUUCACUCUCAAAAAUGUGACAUCUCACACUUAUUCGCCCCUCCUGCCCUCCUCUAUGUGCCCUUAUGGGUCCGUUUCCAUGUUGUGUAAUGCCAAUGUUGUCUUCUUGUUUUGGACGAACAUUUGAACAGAGGACAGCCCCAGUUCUCUGUAACCUAACCACAAGGACUCAUGUCACAAGCUCUCGUCUGACUGAAUGAAUCUCAGCAGACAGAGGUGGCUUCUGACAGAUUUUAGUACAUAUUUUAUUCAGAUAAAACUGCAAAGACGUGUCAGUCCAUCACACUUUCCUUUUCUUCUUUCCACCAUCUACACCGAUGCAGAGGAAUGUAACGGAGCAAACAGGGUCAGAAACCACUAAAACAUUUCUCUUUUUCACUUCAUCAUUCAGAAAGUAGACAGAAUGCAGUGGCGCCCCCCAGAAACCAAAAGCCGUAACUGAAUUUCAGGAAUUUGCUCACGCUGCUGAAGAAAAGUAGUUAAAAACUAUGUCACUAUGAGAGUUAAGUCCAGUUCAGACCAAAGAUUUGCGAUUAGAUGAGGUGAAGGUGGGCCAUGACCUGGGUGGCCAUGGCUCACCUUCACCCCCCUUUUGAGCGCCACUGAUGGAAAGUUGAGAAGGAAAGCAAAUGAAGGACAUUUCUGACGUGUAUCUUGUGAAUUUAAUUGCCAUUUUUGCCCUGCAAAGUUGCUGUUUUUGUUGCUGUACACACUUCCUGCGGCAGGACUUUAAACGCCUGCUCGGGACGUCCUGCUGUGGCAAUGCUGAAACAACAAUAAACAUAACAUGUGAAGUC